GUCGUCGGCGGUGACGCUGGGUGGAGGAAGGCGUUGCUCGUCGCUCUCGCUGGGAACUGACUAGAGGAACGGAAAAUGGCGGAUCUCGAAGACGUUACCCUGGACGGGAGACCGCUCCAGUCCCUCCGAGUAGCAGAUUUAAAAGCUGCUCUUGAGGAGAGAGGACUCCCGAAAAGCGGACAGAAGAAUGCUCUCAUUAAAAGACUCAAGGGGGCUCUCAUGUUGGAGAAUCUGCAGAGGACCUCCACCGCUCACAUUGGACUGCAGCCAAACUCCCAGAUUGGUGAGGAAAUGAGCCAGAACAGCUUCAUCAAGCAGUAUCUGGCUAAACAACAGGAGCUCCUGAGGCAGCGUCUGGAGAGAGAGGCUCGCGAAGCAUAUGAAACAAAUGAUCAAGAGGACCACACAGAAGUCAAUAACAGUACCUCAUGUCCUCCUCAAGCCCAGGAUGUCACACCAGCAUUGGCUGAGCAGCACAAGCCACCUGGCCCGUCUGGUGGAGAGGGAUUGUUUGGUGCAGUAAACGAGGGUGAUGCCAACCGAAACCAGGAGGCUGACGUGUCCGGUCCUCCUGCUUCAGGCUCUGUGGCCAUGCGCAUUCCUGGUGGUGAGCAGCGGCCAGAGAGGGGUUCUGCAUCCAAUGAAGCCGCAGCUGACAGCGACGAUGAGGAUAGUGAGGAUGGUGAGGAGGAUGGCGACGAUGACGACUGGGACAGCGGUGCUCGGAGGAGAAGCCUGAGAGAGCCGGCCAGAGUGCCCUCAACCAGAGAGAGGUCUGGAGCAUCCUGUCAACCCCAGCAGCAACACAUGCCUUCCCUUUUGUCCCCUCAGCUCCGCCAGCCAACGCCUCCCCCCUCUCCACCUCCAGAGUUAUCCUUCCCCUUGCCUGACACUCCUAAACAGAGCCCCCCUAGUCCAGAUGUAGCCCCAGCUAGGCGCUCACCUAGUACCUCCAGCUCUGGUUCCUCCACCAGCGGCAGCCGCAGUAGCAGCCCAGAGCCACAGAGGAGUGGACAUGCCGAGCGCAAGCCCGGUCCACUGACGCUUCUGGCACGCAAGAUGGCGUCAGAAGGUGCUUUCUCAGGAGCAGGCUGGCACGGUGGCGAUGGGGAAGUCGAAAGGCAGGACAGCAGCUCUCCCUUGGCUACAUCAUUUCCUGGCAGAGGGCCUCCAGAGGGUCUGGUAUCGGCUAUCACUCACACAGCCAACACUGCAGGCCAUGUGCCGUUUCCCAUGAUUCCAGGCACCAACCAGGGUGUCACCGGAGCACAAUCGCCCUAUAUUCAAGUACCUGUGAGUGUGCUCAAGGCCACUGCAACAGAAGAGAGGGAUAGGAAGAGGGAAAAUGAGAUAGAAAGAGAAAAGGCCCUAGAGCUGGAAAGGCAAGAGAGGCAGAGAAAACUUGAGGAAGAGCGGGAAAGGGCUCUUGCACUGGAGCGAGAGGAAAGAGAGAGAGCUCUGGAGAAAGAGAGAAUCGAACAACAGCAGGCCUUAGAAAGGGAAGAACGAGAGAAGGCAUUGCAGAGGGAGCGGGAACUUGCUCUAGAACGAGAGAGGCAGGAGAGGGAACUGGCUUUGGCUAAAGAGAGGGAAGAACAAGAGCAAGCCUUAGCACGAGAAAGAGCCCUGGAGCUCGAGAGGCAGAGGGAGCUCGAGAGGCAGAGGGCCCUGGAAGAAGAACGUCUGCAGAGAGAAAAGGAGGAGAGGGAGAAGCGAGAGAGAGAAGAAAUGGAGAAAGUGAUGGAGUUAGAAAGAAUGAGGGCUUUGGAGCAGGAAAGGAAAGAGAGAGAAAGGGCUCUUGAGCAAGAGAGGUUAGAGAGGGAAAGAGUUCUGGAGGCUGAGAGAAAGGAGAAGGAGAGGAUUGAGAGAGAAAAGGCUUUAGAGCAGGAAAGGUUGGAAAGGGAAAGGUUAGAGCGGGAGAAAGCCUUGGAGAUAGAGAGACUAGCAAUGGAGAGAGCUAUGGAGCAACAGAGACUAGAAAUGGAGAGAGUUCUGGAGCAAGACAGACUAGAAAGGGAGAGGGCUCUGGAGCAAGAGAGACUAGAAAGGGAGAGAGCUCUGGAGCAAGAGAGACUAGAGAGAGAGAAAGCCAUCGAGCUGGAGAGAAUGGAAAGAGAGAAGGCCUUGGAGCGAGAGAGAAUAGAAAGAGAAAAAGCUCAAGAACAAGAGAGGUUAGAGCUCGAGAGGAAGGAAAGGGAGAGAAUUGAGAGAGAGAAAGCACUGGAGCAAGAGAGGAUAGAGAGGGAAAAAGCCCUGGAACGAGAGAGGGAGGAAAAAGAGAAAGCAGAGAGAGAAGCAGCUCUGGAACAGGAGAGGAUGGUGAAGGAAAAGGCUGAGAAGGAGAAGAAAGAGAGACUGGAGAAGGAGAAGAAAGAGAGACUGGAGAGGGAGAAAGCUCUAGAGCAGGAAAAACUUGAAAGGGAGCGAGCCUUGGAGAAGGAGAAAGAGAAAGAGAGGGCUCUUGAGCAAGAAAGGUUAGAAAAGGAGAAAGCCAUGCAGAAAGAGAAGGAGGAGCAGGAGAGGGCCCUGGAACAGGAGAAAGAGAGGGCUAGGAUGGCUGAAAAGGAGAGGGAGAGUCACCUCCCUCCAUCCAAACGUGGCCGUGAGAUUGGUCUCACCCCCAUGCCCACUCCUCCCCCCCUCUCCACAGGGCCAGGUAGAAAGUCAUCGACAGAUGCAGGAGAGCAGGAAGAUGAAGACGUCCAUGCUCCAAUGUCCCGGAGUGAAGCAGCAGAAUCCGGUGCACCCGUUUCACCAACACCUCUGUCGCCUCUGUCUCCAUUCAAGAAGUUCCGGUUCUUAAGGGACUCCCAAAUUCAAUCAUCCUCGACCUCCAUGGUUAUCAAGCGGCCCCGGAACUUCUCUGAUACCCCCCAGCCUCGGGCCUCACCUGUAUCCCCCCCCACUGGUGUUGGGGAACGACAGCAGGAAGGACACCAGCCCUCCUCUAAACAGGAAGAUCCACAGAUGCAGACAAAACAGGAGGUUGUCGCAGGGACUGAGGCCACUGUUAGCGCCACGCUGCUCCAGAGUCCCAAAAAAGAUAGGGCUACAAGCCUUGCAUCGGAGGACAAAGAAAAAGCAGGUUCAGUGAAGACGGAACAGGCUGCCAAGGAGUCUGCCAAAAAACCAAAAGAAGUGGAUGAAAGCAAGCGUCCUUCAAGCCCAGAUGCUGCACAGCGACGGGGAAGAGAUAUAAAGAAGGAAGAAAAACAAGCAAGACAAAGAUCAUCGUCUAAUGAGUCCUCUUCCUCAGAAUCGGACUCCGGGUCCUCAUCAUCUCGGUCCUCUGGCUCGUCCUCGUCUUCUCAAGAGAAAACCUGCUCCAGUUCAAGAGGUAGAAGGGAAGGGAAACCUGAUCGAGAUUCCUCACCACAGCACAGGGUGACAUCAGAGGCUCAGGAAACUCCAAAAGCCUCCCCUUGCAAAAAAGAAACAUCUGCAGAGAAAAGUAACACAACUGCUGAUGGAGACAGUCACCCCAAGAAGCUGUUCACUGAAGCACCAACCAGAGAGGAGACGCAAAGGAAGAGAAAGGACAGCGAGGGAGAGAAGGAAAAGGACAAACAAAGGCAGGUGAAGGAGAUUGCCAUGGCAGAGCCAGAGAAGCUUCCAGACACUAGUGAGGAGACACCGAAGGCCUUCUCAGCUCGCAAGAUCUCUCUUAGCAGCAGUAAAUCAUCCCCGGGCACUGGCAGUGCCGAGGGUGAGCAGGAGUCUGGGACCGCGGCAGGUCGCAAGAGGAGGUGGGGCUCCAGCACAGCUGUCACUGCUAAGAAACCUUCCAUCAGCAUCACCACAGAUUCACUCAAGUCUCUCAUCCCAGACAUUCGGCCGUGUCUCGGCCAGGAGGCAGUAGUGGACCUGCACCCGGAGGAAGCUGUCCUUUCUGGGGCUGAGGAUGAAGAGAGGGAGCGCUCGGACCAGGACCUUCAGAUCCGACGCACUGUCACCCAGGUGGUGCACUCAGAAAGCCAGGAGAACGGACAGAAGGAGGCAAAGAGGAGCAGACACGAGGAGUUAGAGGAGGAUGAUCUGCAGGCAGACGGAGAGAGAGCAAGGGAGCAUGAAGAGAAGAUGGAGACCUCAUUUCCUGGAGCCAUGGAAACUCAGUCUCCAUUAGAUACCAGCCAUGAUGUAGAAAUCAACACUGUGACCCCCAGCGACACCCUCAUUCGUCGCUCCAUCAGCCAGCAGAAAACAGGAGUUUCCAUCACGAUCGAUGACCCUGUCCGCACAGCCCGGCAACCAUCCCCACCUCGAGGCAAAGUCUCCAGCAUCGUUCACAUCAGCAACCUGGUGAGGCCGUUCACUCUGGGGCAGCUUAAGGAACUUCUCAGCAGAACCGGCACCCUGGUGGAAGAGGGCUUCUGGAUCGACAAAAUCAAGUCUCACUGCUAUGUCACUUACUGUAGCUCAGAUGAGGCAGUUGCUACACGGGCAGCUCUUCAUGGAGUGAAAUGGCCACAGAGCAACCCUAAAGUCCUUAGUGUAGACUUCUGCCAGCAGGAUGAGCUGGACUUCCACAAAGGCUUAGGUGCAGCCAACAAACCUGCUGGAGCAGAGGAACAGGUCGCUGGCUCCGGCCGCGGUCGAACAUCGGGCCUGCCCUCUCUCCUGCCGGAGCGAGACCAGUGGGCCGAGCGCGAGCGCGAGAUGGAGCGUCGGGAGAGGGCCAGAGCAGAGCGCGAGUGGGAUCGCGACAAGGUCAGAGAGUUUGGGAAACCCGGAGAGGAGAAGGAGGGAGCCCCCCGGAGGUCGCGCUCCAGAGAGAGACGACGCAAGGAGAGGGGAAAGAGCAAGGAGAAGAAGACUGAGAAGAAAGAGAAAGCAGCUGAGGAUCCUCCUGCAAAGCUUCUCGAUGAUCUGUUCCGCAAAACUAAAGCAGCUCCUUGCAUAUACUGGCUUCCACUCACAGAGGAACAGUUUGUCCAGCGGGAAGCUGCCAGAGCAGAGCGGACAAAGGAGCGCGAGAAACGGAGGAAGGAGCAAGAAGAGGAAGAGGAGAAAAAAAGGGAAGAGGAGCGUAAGGAGAGGAUGAAGGCUGCAAGUGGUGCAACUGGAGAGCGGAGUGAGGGUGAGAAAGACAAGGACAGAGACAGAGAGAGGGAAAGAGACAGAGACCGAGGUAGAGACAGAGACAGGGAGAGGGAGAGGGAGAGAGAGAACGACAAACGCAGGGAUGGCUACCGUAGGCCAGGGGGCAGCGGGGCAGGCGGGGGCAGACGCUCGCGCAGCCGCAGCGACCCGCGAGAAAGGCGGCGUUAAUGGCCAAUCAACUGAUGGAACUGUCCUAGAGACCACCCUCUUCCAUUUGCCUUUCACUACAUGUACUUUGUUACAACUAAGACCCAACAGAGGACCAACUGAUGUCGUCACCAUCAAAUUGUCACCUUUUUUAAAGCACAUCUACGCCUACACACAGUCAUGCUUAAAGGGGACCAUGAUUUUUUUUUUUUGCAGUGUUGUUUCCCAGAGUGCUGUACGUCUCGCUCCUGUUGAGGCUUGAUAUAUCUUCUUUACGUUUGCCUCUCUUUUAUUCUUUGUUUAUUUUUUAAAUUUUAUUUUAUUUUUGUCUUGACGGCAUAGCAGUAUGGCACGCUGGGUAAUUUUAAUAAUUUCCCCCACUAUUCCCCAUUUGUCGCAAAGUGUAGGUGCCAAUUAUGAUUUGCUAUCAAUUGUCGUCGCCUCAGUGUUUUAACAGCUCUGCAGUUUGGACGAGGAAUCCUUUUGUUGCUGCAUGUAGUCCAAGGCUGUCCUUGCCGGUCCUGCCUAAAAAGAAGACUCAGCCUUCUGUGCAGAGGCUCGCAUAAAUCUAAAAAUAUUGGAAAAGGUGUGUUUGGCAUUUUGUACAGACAUAUAAGAUAACUCAAAAUUUAGUCUUUAAAUGAGGCAGCUCUGGGGAAUUUUUGGACAGGUGUGGAAUAACUACUAAGGCAAUGCAGUGUUCCUCUCUCCCUCGAUUUAGUUAAGAGAUGAGAUGAUUCUCUGGGGGGGGGAGAAUCUGUCUGUCACACCUGACGCAAGUUAUGAUUUUGUCCUCAUCAUUGAUUCUCUUCCUCCUUCCUCCUCUUCCUCCGGUCUCUCUUGCCCUGUAGUAUCAGUACAGGCUCAAGAAGGGAGGUUGCAUUAUGAGUUUUCUCACCAAUGGUUUUAAUAUUGUUUUUUAAUCAUUAUUUUAUCAUUUUAGUACCAAGCUUUGUUUGUUUUUUAAUUUCUUCUUUGAGUACGCCUAUCAGUGGUGAAUGUACAAAUAAUAAAAAUUGAAAUU